UCUGACCUUUGGUAUGCCUUGGCGAAAGGUGAAAUGGACCAAAUGUUUCCUGCUGACCUCUAUUGGACUCCUCCACUCUUCAUCAGCGGUAUUGUUGUCGGCCCCGAGGAUCGGGGGAGCUCUGGUGGCCAAUCUCAUCUGUUCCUGAUUUUUUCAUUUUCUCCCUAA